AUGACUUGGGAGCCGACUGAUAAUUUUUUAAAAGGCGUGAUAGUGAAGCCAUUUCUUCCACUUGAUAGACUUCCUGACUUGAAGAAAAAUAGCUUGAGAAACUUGUUUCCAGGUGACGAAGUCUACGUGUUCGAGGUUAAAGAUAGCAAGUGGGCAAGAGGUUAUGUCAAGACAAAACCAUACCCAAGGGACUACCUGAUACCUACGAAAUUGGAUGAAUUGCCUCCUUCUAAGGUUGAAAUAGCUAUCUUUCCAUUGUCUUGUGCUAAGAUAAUAGCAAGAGAGUCCUUUGGCGACUUGGAGUCUGAGAAUGGCAGUAAAGAUCUGCUUCUCCCUGUCACAAGUGCUGAGACGACUGAAAACACAUAUUCUGACUCGAGCGAAUUACACCCACUUCCUAGGUUGUCCACUAACUUCUUCAAAGGUUAUCAAGAUCAAGACCAAGACCAAGACAUUAUAGACUCUUUGGAGCAGUUAUGUGCUUUCAUUUAUGCAACAUACUCAUAUGGGGAUUUUAAACUUUUCAACAAUCUAUGUGAAAUCUAUUAUAGCUUGAAUAAUACAAGAAUAAAGCUUGCAAAUGAAAUAUUGACUCAUCAUGAGAGAGAACUAGCUAAGGAGACCAUAACCUUCUUACUAAAUAAAAGUGCAAAAUUACUAGCCUCAUCAUCUUCAGUAAAUGAAGAGUCCCAAAGAUCACAGAGCAAUACAAGUGGCGCUUCUGGUUUCAAAUCAAUAUUAGCUAGAGAUGCUAUUUCAGGAAAGUUGUUAUCAAAAGAGUCUUCUCCUCUGAGAAUUGCAUUCAAUCAAGUUCUCUGUGCAUUAGAUCCUAACUUUCCUAUCAAUGCACAUAAUCAAAAAAGUGAUUAUUCUUUGAAACCAAUUGUCAAUAAGAGAUUGCAUAGUGAGCCUCCUUCAGAGGUUUUGGUAGAAUUCAAAUCACUUCAUAAGACUUCGAACUAUCAGCCACCAGGGUUAACAGGUAUGAUCCUAUACUUUUACCUCAGAAAUAAUCAAAAAAGAUUGUCUGAAGCUUUUGCUGUACAAUCUGCGGGUACCAUGACAGAUGUGAAAAAUAUAAGCUCUGCAUUGUUUCCUGAUCUUCCUCGCAAUGAAGUGGAGAAUAACAGAAUUUAUUUGGUUGCUUCGUUAGUGGAAGAAAUAGAAAUUGGUAACAAGGGAAACGAUGCUUCUAGUUUGAAAACUGUCAAAAAGGGCCUUGCACUAGGAGUUGCAGACGUCACAAGAGUAUAUUCAAAGAAUUUGAAUUCUCGUUAUUCAAAUGCCGCUUAUCAGUUCACUAUCAAAUUAUAUUGUUCGUUCAGAGGCAAGAAAAAUUCUAAGGAUGAAGCUUAUUGGAAUGAUGGAUGGGGUGGAUUAGUGGAUAGAAUAAUUUCUGGCUCUAAUGUCGGCAUCGCGGUUAAUCCUAGAGCCGAGAAGGUGAUUGUAUCGGUGAAGAGAUUUAAGCAUGAAUUCACCAAUAAAUAUAUUCCCGUUGCUAAUGCUGCACCUAUUGCAAGGAUUGAGCCUCUUUCUUUCGACCCUUUGGCCGAGAAUUACGAGCGCGUCUAUCUUCAACUUGGAAAACUUAAGUUAUUUGAAGGUAACAAGGAUGACCUUUUAACAAUCACAGUCGCCGUUCCUAAAAAUGAUGCUAUUACGUUUGCUAAAGCUUCAAAUCAGGAAGAGGGAUCUGUCUGGCCGUUUGUUUCUGUCUGUUCGGAGGAAAAUAUUGGUGAAGUAGUAAAAAUAAAUGGAAUAAGCUUGAAAAAUCAAGCCACCAGAGUGCUGAAUGCAGAAUACAUUGCAGUUUCGUUAUAUGUCAACGGUAUUCUCGAAGGAACAGGCUCAAUACUAUACAAAGCUGGCUGCAAGUUAUAUGAGUAUGAUAUAAAGUCCGAAGGAAUUGACAUAGUAUCAAUUGAAAAUAAUGCUCCGGUCGCUCAUUUAGACUUUACCACACGGUAUAUGGGAAGAAGAUUUAAUUUGAAUCCAUCAAUUGAGAUCAUUUUACAAUUUGAUAAAUUUUUCCAACUUGGACAACAAGGCAUUGAUGAAAUCUCUUCUUCUUUGAAGGCUUUUUGCGAGCUUGAUAUUCCUCAGUUGGUAAAGUACUUUUCAGAAUUAAUGGCUACAUUUUAUAAAAUUGCAGACUUUGCCGUAAAUCAGCUCGAAGUUACAGGCUCUGAGUCAUUGAAAAGUAAUAUAUUUCGCGCUAUUAUUUAUUUAAUAGAUGCUGUGUGUGGAAGGCAAGAUCAAUAUUUCUAUAUGGUUGAUUCAUUUUUGGAUGCAGACAACGACUUGCCAAAAAUUGGGGUAUUUUUGUUGGAAAUGUUUGCCGACGUCUUUGCAAAUGCAGAAACGAAUUGGAAUUCUAUAUCAAGACCCACUUGCAGAACUGCACCAUUGCUUCUCAAACUCGCAAUUGCAGCACUGGAUAAAACUAAGAAUCCAGAUAUUUAUGAGGCUGCGGUUUCAAGAUUCUUUGAGACAAGUGCUAAUUUUCUUGCAAUUAAAUCAAACACCUUACUUACGGCGCAAGUGUAUAUUCUUGAAAUUGUUGAUUAUGUGGCAUCUAUCAUGCUAGAUAUUGAUAGUUCAAAAAUUUUGAAAUAUGAAGUCAGUGCUAUUGCUGCAGUUGGUGUUAGAGGAUUGGGGGCUGAUGAUGAAAAGACGAACCAUAAUCGUAACAUUAUCAAAGAGCAUAAGUUAACAACUACAAAACUUUUACUUAUAGACCGAUUGUUAGGUACCGAACAAAUGAGACAUGUUGAUUCUCGUUCAGUUUUAAUUGCACGAGCUGUGGAAUGGGCAAUACAAAUACUUGAAGGACCCAUCGAUAUUGAAUGUUCAAGGCUCGCCACAAGAAUUUUGAUGACUAUUUGUAAUUUGCUUUGGAAUCUGGUCGUCAAUAAUGGAAAUAAGGAGGAGAUUCAUUUAUGCUUUUCUCUUUGUAAGUUGCUUCCGACCAUAAGUAAAGCAAUAAUCAAAUACAAUAAGUAUACAAGAUCUAAUGAUUACUUCAAACCAAAGAAUGCGUUUACUUAUUUAUUUCCCACUGCAUAUCCUUUCAAGCAGGUUACAGUUGAUCCUACUGUCAAAAAUGAGACUCUAGUUGAAAUAUUAGUUGAAAUGUCAGUUGUAUUUUCUUCAAUUGCAAAAAUUGGAAUGGCCACAACAAGCAACGAAGGCUAUGAAAAGAUCUUGAAGACAACCUUAGAUUUCGAUAAGGGCUUAUCUAAAUAUCAUAGUGAAUUUGAAAGCGAUGAUAUAAUGGCCAUUAUCUCUAGUGUUAGGAUUAUGAGGCAAGGAAAGUUCUUUCCUGAACAGAAAUGGUUGUCUUUAUAUGCUUCAAUUGUUGAGGGUUGUUUAGUGGCUAUGGAGUUUAUAAGGCCCACAUUAAUUUCUCGCUUCAUUCCUCAGGAUGAAUCUGGAACUUUUGAGCGAUCUCUAUGGGGUAGCUAUUUAAGAACAUUGCUUAAGUUGGCUACAUUGACUCCUGUAUCAUCUGAGCACCUAUUGAAAGUACAAGCAUCUACUUGUUACCAAAUUACAGGAGAUAUGCGUAAAAGAAUUGCAAGUUCUAUUAAGGAGACCUGGAGCGCAUUGGCGUGGGACGCUACUGAAAGCUACCAAAAUCGCUUCAAUUUGAACAGAUUUGGAGGAUAUCAGGUUGAAUUCAUUAAUAAGGAUUAUGCGGUAUUACAAGACUUGAUGCCAUUUGUUUUGCAAAAGCACGAAGAGUGCCAGGCAGUCGGUAUUGAAAUCCUUUGGUCACUUAUGGUAUCUGAACUUAUAUUAAGUGAUUCUUUAAUUGAAGUCCAGAAGGAGUGUCUUCUUGGAUUUUAUAAUUUGUUUCAUGAAAACGGUUUUAAACCUAGAGAGCCAGAACAAUUAAAUUUUGUUAAAAAAAUUCGUUCAAUAGCUACAUUACACGAAGGUGAUGAGGCAUUCCUUCAUAUUUCCAAUUUUAUUGAUGUUAUCGAUGGAUUUUUGCAAUCACUCGAGUCUUCUAAUGAAAUUCCCUCAGGAGUUGAAUUUGAGAGUGAUAGGUUAUUUCAAAGUUUGAAAAUAAAUACAUAUUUGAAAGACUCAGAUAAACCCGAAAUGCUCUAUUCUUUCAUUAAUAAGAUGUACGAGGACAACUUGGCAAAAAAUGAUAAUAUUCAAGCUGCCUUGUGCUUAAACAUUCUUGCAUCAAUAUACAGCUGGGAUCAUCAUGUUAUUCUUCCAGCUACCUUGAGGCCGAAAUUUCCAGAGCAAACUUCGUUUGAGAGGAAGGAGGCAUUGUAUAAGAUGAUCGCUGUUAACUUCACGAAGGGAAACUGUUUAGAAAGAGCAGCAGAUACCUACAACGAACUUUUAGAAAUUUACGAGCAAAAAACAUAUGAUUUGAAAAGAUUUGCCUAUGUUCAUAACAAAUUGGCUAAAUUAUAUCUUGAGAUGGAGUCUUCUGAGAAAUUGAGCCCUUCAUACUUUAAAGUAUACUACUUCGGGACGAGCUUUCCUUCGAAAAUCAGAGGAAAACUGCAUAUAUAUGAAGGUUUGCCUUUCGAACAUAUUACAUCAAUCCAUGACCGCCUACAGAGAUUAUUUCCAGGUGCCAGGAUAUUGUCAGACGACAAUGAGGUGAGAAAAAUUGAAGAAAAUGGUAGCGUAGGAAAGUUCUUACAUGUCAAGAUUGUUGAACCAGUCCUUAAGAUAUCUGAUAAGUUAUUCAAUACCUCCCUUGGUGUAAGACAAUAUGCUAAGAAUAAAGACUUGAGAUUUUUUGCAUCUAUGACCAAAUUACCAGGUGCAACAUCUGUAUUGGACUUGUGGACGGAAGAAACCAUUUAUGAAACUUAUCAAUCUUUUCCCACUUUAUUAAAUAGGAGUGACAUCAAAUCAAUCAAAGUUUCAAAAUUAUCUCCACUAGAGAAUGCUAUUAGAGCUAUCGUUGAUAAAACUAAUGAAUUGGUGUUAUUAGAAAGUGUAAUUAGCACGGCAGUGAAACAAAAGACGGACUAUUCGUCGGACUUUGCAGAUUUGUCAAGACAGCUCUCUGGAACAGUAGAUGCGCCUGUGAACGGAGGUGUUGGUCAAUACAGAGUAUUCUUUAGUGACGCUCAAGAUGAUUCGAAUUCUACCGAGUUACUAAGAGAUGCCUUCAAUGAUUUAACAGUGGUAUUGAAUCGCUGUCUUGAAUUACAUGCCAAAUUGGUCUCACCAAACAUGAAGGCUGCACACGAUCUUUUAGCAGAACUAUUCAGGAAAAAUUUCGAUGAAGAAAUCACGAACUUGAAUCUCGAUUCAGAUCAUGCAACUUCGUCUUACGAGAGCUCUAUUUCAACAUAUCCCAGCUCUGUUGCUACUAUCGAAAAAAGAUCAACCUCUAGCUCGUCUGGGAACCAAAGCAUAGCUAACUACACUAACACAUCCUCAAGAACCGUGAGUAUGCAAUCAUCGGUAUCUUAUCAGUCACUACCUAGUGCAGAUAAUGCCUCAGUCAGUAAUUUCAGUGCAAAACAGAGACGAAGCAUCUUAAACUGGAGCAGAAUCGUGAAGUAG